AUGGCUGGGGCUAUCCUUAAAAUUGUGCUUGAGAAUUUGAACUCACUCGAGGUUGGACUAUGCUUGGGUUUCAAUCUAGACAUGAAAAGGCUUGCCAGUUUGCUCACUACAAUCAAGGAAACUCUUGAGGAUGCUGAGCAGAAACAGCUCUCUAAUAGAGCCGUAAAAGAUUGGCUGGAAAAGCUAAAAGAUGCAGCUCACGUCCUGGAUGACAUCUUGGAUGAGUUUGCCUAUGAAUCAUUGAGAUUGGAGCACCAGGGAGUCAAGUGUGGUCCAUCAAACAAGGUACAAAGGUCUUGCUUAUCCUCUAUUCAUCCCAAAAAUGUUGCUUUUCGAUGCAAAAUUGCUAAGAAAAUGAAAAAAAUAACUGAGAGAUUGGAAGAAAUUGCUGAAGGAAGUACUAACUUUCACUUCACUAAGAUGGAGAUGUUUCCCUGGAGAAAUAGUGCAGUAACUGAAUGGCAUCAAACAAAGCCAUUCAUCACUGACUCAAAAGUCUAUGGAAGAGAAGGAGAUACAGAUAAAUUCAUAGACUUUUUGACUGGUUAUGUUUCACAUUCUGAGAAUGCAUCAGUCUAUACUAUUGUGGGUGAAGGUGGACUUGGAAAAACAACACUUGCCAAGCUUAUCUUCAAGCAUGAGAGGAUAAUCAACCACUUUGAGUUAAGAAUUUGGGUCCGUGUUUCAGAAGAUUUCAGAUUGAAGAGCGUGAUAAAGGCUAUCAUUGAAGUAGCAUCUAGGCAUCCCUGUGAGGAUAUGGAUAUAGAACCACUACAAAUAAGACUUGAUGAUCUGCUUCAAAGAAAAAGAUAUUUGCUUGUUUUGGAUGAUGUGUGGAUUGAUGAACUAGAGAGUUGGUCACAGCUGAAAUAUGUCUUAUUGUCUUGUGGGGCAAAAGGUUCUUCCAUCUUGGUAACUACACGCCUCCCAAACACAGUUGCCGCUAGCAUAGGAACAGUGCCUCCUCAUGUAUUAUCGAGGCUAUCUGAUAAUGAUUGUUGGGAAAUUUUUAAAGAACAUGCCUUUGGACUAAACGAGGUAGAAAAGGAAGUGCUUGUGGCAACAGGAAUGGAGAUAGUUAAGAAGUGUAGGGGAGUGCCUCUUGCAGUGAAAAUAAUGGGAGGCAUGUUUAGUUUCAAAAGAGAGCAAAAAGAGUGGCUCUAUGUUAAGGAAAGCAACCUGUGGAGUUUACCGCAACAUGAAAAAAACUCAGUAAUACCUAUCUUGAGAUUAAGUUACCUAGACUUACCAAUGAAACUCAGACAAUGUUUUGCAUAUUGUGCAAGAUUUCCCAAAGGUGAAACGAUAAGUAAGGAAGAUUUAAUUGAACAAUGGAUGGCUAAUGGAUUCAUUCCAUCCAGUGAAACGUUUGAUGCUGAAGAUACUGGUGAUUCUAUGUGGAAUGAAUUAUAUUGGAGAUCAUUUUUUCAAGAUAUUGAAACAGAUGAACUUGGCAAAGUUAAAACUUUCCAGAUCCAUGAUCCUGUCCACGAUCUUACACAAUUUCUUGCAGAAGAUGUUUGUUGCAUUGCACAUGACAAAGAUGUAACUACCUUGUCUGACACAAUACACCAUCUGGCAGAUCACAGGGCUGCGUGGGAUGUAUCCGAGGAAUCCAUUAAUUCAAUGCAGUUGCAUCAGGUCAAAUCUUUGAGAACCUACAUUGGCCAACUUUAUCCAGUUGUAUUCAAAUGCUACUCUUUGCGUGUGCUUUGGUGCACAGCAGUGAAAGAAUUAUCCAAUUCAAUUUGUCAUUUAAAACAUCUAAGAUACUUAAACCUCUCACAGGGUAACUUCAAAACUCUUCCAGAAUCAUUAGGAAAACUGUGGAAUUUGCAUAUACUGAAACUAGACUAUUGCUAUCGUCUCAAACAGUUGCCAAACAGAUUAACACGAUUAAAAGCUCUACAACAACUCUCUUUGAAGGAUUGCUACAACCUAUCAAGCUUGCCUCCUCAUUUGGGGAAGUUAACUUCCCUAAAGAAAUUAAGCGCUUAUUUAGUUGGCAGUGAAAGAGGGUUCCAUUUAGCAGAGCUAGGGUCACUACAUCUCAAAGGAUAUCUUCACAUAAAGCAUCUUGAGAAGGUGAAAAGUGUGACAGAUGCCAAAGAAGCCAACAUGUCAAAUAAGCAACUUCACAAGUUGUACUUGUCAUGGGAUGAAAACGAAGAAUCCGAGUUACAACAAAAUGUUGAGGAGAUUCUUGAAGCCCUUCAACCUGAUACCCAACAACUCCAAAAUUUGACAUUGCAAGGAUACAAAGGUGAAAACUUUCCACUGUGGCUGUCAAGUUCUUCUUCCCUCAAGGAUUUAGCAAUCGUGGGGUGUCGAAAAUUCAUCCUGUCAUCAGGUUUUCGAUGCGUUGAGGAUUUGUUGGUUUACCGGUGCAAAGAGGUGGAACAUUUGCAUGAGAGUUUACAACGUAUGAGUUCUUUGCACUCGUUAAGAUUAUGGGAUCUUCCGAACGUGGAAUCACUGUCUGGGUGCUUUGCGAACCUUCCUUUGCUUCAGAGUUUAUCAUUACUUGAUCUCCCAAAGCUGAAAUCCUUGCCUGACUGCUUUGGACGCGUUCCCUUGCUUCGGAGUUUAACAUUGCGGGAUCUUCCAAACGUGGAAUCCUUACCUGAUUGCUUCGGGAACUUUCGCUUGCUUCGUGAAAUGGUUAUUGGUGACUGUUCCAAGUUGGCGUGUCUUCCUAAGAGCCUGAACCUGAAAAGUUUGGAAAAAGUGGAGAUUUACAAUUGCCCUUCGCUAUAUAAGAGAAGGGAAGAGGAAAAUUGA